GAGGAGGAGGAGGAGGAGGAGGAGGAGGAGGGAAAGAAGAGAAGCAAGAAGAAGAAAAAGAAGAAACCACUACCUUCCCAGGAUCGCCUUUUUUUGCCCCCUUAUCUUGACGCGCGCGUGUGCGCCCCUCGCCCCUGCCCACCGAACCUGGUCUUGGAUGUUUAAUAAAGAAAUCAAGUGUCUCCACAGUCACAAAAAAAAAAAAGAAAAAAAAAAUCCAACCCCCCACCAAAAAAAAAAAUUUUUUUUUUUGCCUCCAAAAAGCCAAAACAGAAAGAGAGAAAGAGAGAGAGAGAGAGAAAGAGAAAAUCCCCCCCAAACAAACAAACAAACCAGGCAGAACCAACCUCUACUUCCACCCAGCCAGCCGGCACCAGCCACCCGUGUCCGCCGCCCGGAGAGGGGGGUCUCGGGCGGCCCGCGGCGGAGGAGUUGCCAGGGGGGCUCGCCGGGGGCGCGGAGGCCGAGCGACGCCCUCGGAGCCGGCGGGCGAGCGACACAGCGGCCCCCGCGCGCGCGGCUCGGCUCGGGGCUGGGCGCCGGCGGUGGCACCGGAGCGGCGCAGAGCGAUGCCAAGGAGGAAACAGCACGCACCCAAGCGGGCGGCAGGUUAUGCCCAGGAGGAGCAGCUGAAAGCAGAGGACGACAUCAAAGAAGAGGAGGAAGAGGAGGAAGACAGCGGUUCCGUGGCUCAGCUCCAGGGGAGUAAUGACCCCGGCACGGACGAGGAGCUAGACACGGGCCCGGAGCUGAAAGGCUGCUUCAGCUAUCAGAACUCACCUGGCAGCCACCUGUCCAACCAGGACGCCGAGAACGAGUCUCUGCUGAGCGAUGCCAGCGACCCCGUGUCGGAUGCCAGGAGCGCCAGUGGCAGAGAUGGCUCGGACAAGAAAGCCGGCGCACCCCCCAAGCUUCCCAGCGAACCCCACAAUUGCAUGGAUAAGAUGACAGCUGUCUAUGCCAACAUCUUGUCCGACUCCUACUGGUCGGGCUUGGGCCUCGGCUUCAAGCUGUCGGCCAGCGAGCGGCGCGGCUGUGACACGCGCGGCAGUGGCCACAAGACUGAUUUCGACUGGCACCAGGACGCUCUGUCCAAGAGCCUGCAGCAGCACCUGCCCGCCAGGGCCGUGUCCAAGCCCAGCCUGUUCAGCUCGGUGCAGCUCUACCGGCAGAGCAGCAAACUGUGCGGCUCCGUCUUCACCGGGGCCAGCCGCUUCCGCUGCCGCCAGUGCAGCGCUGCCUACGACACGCUGGUCGAGCUGACCGUGCACAUGAACGAGACGGGCCACUACCAGGAUGACAACCGCAAGAAGGACAAGCAGAGACCCACGAGCUACGCCAAGCCCCGCAAGAGAGCCUUCCAGGACAUGGACAAGGAGGACGCCCAGAAGGUCCUCAAGUGCAUGUUCUGCGGAGACUCCUUCGAUUCCCUCCAGGAUCUGAGCGUCCACAUGAUCAAAACGAAACAUUACCAAAAAGUGCCUUUGAAGGAGCCCGUCCCCACUAUCGCCUCCAAAAUGGUCACGCCGGCCGCCAAGAAGCGCGUCUUCGAGGUCAACCGGCCGUGUUCCCCGGAUUCCACCACGGGGUCACUGGCCGAGUCCUUCUCCACCCCCAAGAGCGGCGCCCUGCAGCUCACGUCCAACAACCGCUACGGCUACCAGAACGGGGCCAGCUACACGUGGCAGUUCGAGGCGUGCAAGUCCCAGAUCCUGAAGUGCAUGGAGUGUGGCAGCUCCCACGACACCUUGCAGCAGCUCACCACCCACAUGAUGGUCACCGGCCACUUCCUCAAGGUCACCAGCUCCGCCUCCAAGAAAGGGAAGCAGCUGGUGCUAGACCCCUUGGCCGUGGAGAAGAUGCAAUCUUUGUCCGACGGCCCCAGCAGCGAGCCGCCAACCCCCCGGCCCUCCAGCAACCCCGUCUCCGAGGGUGCGGCUUCCACCACGGAGCUCAAGAAAGAGGGGAAGAGGGACAAGGCGGAGGAGGCCCCCCAGGACGAGAAGGCGGUGAAAAGGGAGGAGUACGAAGACCCCCUGCAAAAGCCCUUAGACCCGACCAUCAAGUACCAGUAUCUGAGGGAGGAAGACCUGGAGGAUGGCUCCAAGGGGGGUGGGGACAUCUUGAAGUCGCUGGAGAACACCGUCACCACGGCCAUCAACAAAGCCCAAAACGGGGCUCCCAGCUGGAGCGCCUACCCCAGCAUCCACGCCGCCUACCAGCUGUCCGAGGGCACCAAGCCUGCCUUGCCCAUGGGGUCCCAGGUGCUGCAUAUCCGACCGAACCUCCCCAACAAACUGAGGCCCAUUGCCCCCAAGUGGAAGGUCCUGCCGUUGGUGCCCAUGCCCCCCAACCUGGCCCCCUACACGCAAGUGAAGAAGGAGCCGGAAGAGAAAGAGGAAGCGGGCAAGGACGGCAGCCAGGAGAGCCCCCCGGAGGAGGCCUCCUCAUUCAGCCACCACGAGGGGGGGGAGUCUUUCCCCAAAGGGGAGCCGCCCUCGGAACCCAAAAAAACAGAGCCCGCUGCCCCCAAGGAGGAGGACAAGGUGCUGCUGACGGAGGAGGGUGAGAAAGAGAAAGGGCCGAGCCCAGAGCCGGCCCCUUCCCUGAGCAACGGCUGCGGCCUGGUCAGCCACGCCUCAGCCCUGCCCAGCAUCAACCCGCUCAGCGCUCUGCAGUCGGUGCUCACCAACCACCUGGGCAGGGCCACGGAGCCACUGCGCUCGCCCACCUGCGCCAGCCCUGGCCCCAGCACCAUGUCUCUGUUCCACAAGCCCGCCCUGGGCGUCCUGGACAAGCCCGUGCUGAGUCCCGCCUCCACCAGGCCGGCCAGCGUGUCCAGGCGCUACCUGUUCGACAGCAGCGACCAGCCCAUCGACUUGACCAAGGCCAAGAGCAAGAAGGCCGAGUCGUCGCAAGCACAGUCCUGCACGUCCCCACCGCAGAAGCACGCGCUCUCGGACAUCGCCGACAUGGUGAAGGUCCUCCCCAAAGCCACCACGCCCAAGCCCGCUGCCCCUUCCAGGCUCCCGGCCCUGAAGCUGGAGAUGGACGUGCGGCGCUUCGAGGACGUGUCCAGCGAGAUGUCCACACUGCACAAGCGCAAGGGCCGGCAGUCCAACUGGAACCCGCAGCAUCUGCUCAUCCUGCAGGCCCAGUUCGCCUCAAGCCUCUUCCAGACGUCCGAGGGCAAGUACCUGCUGUCGGACCUGGGCCCCCAGGAGCGCAUGCAGAUCUCCAAGUUCACGGGACUCUCCAUGACCACCAUCAGCCACUGGCUGGCCAACGUGAAGUACCAGCUGCGGAAAACGGGCGGCACCAAGUUUCUGAAAAACAUGGACAAAGGGCACCCCAUCUUUUACUGCAGUGACUGUGCCUCCCAGUUCCGAACCCCCUCGACCUACAUCAGUCACCUAGAGUCGCAUCUGGGUUUCCAGAUGAAGGACAUGACCCGCCUGAGCGCGGAGCAGCCCAGCAAGGUGGAGGCUGAGAUCUCCCGGGUUUCGUCGGCUCAGAGGUCUCCGGAAACCAUAGCGGGCGAAGAGGACACAGACUCUAAAUUCAAGUGUAAGUUGUGCUGUCGGACCUUUGUGAGCAAACACGCGGUAAAACUCCACCUAAGCAAAACGCACAGCAAGUCCCCUGAGCACCAUUCACAGUUUGUAACAGACGUGGAUGAAGACUAACCCUGCAGGUAUGGGUUUGCUCCCAGGUGAUGGGGACCCUAGCCUGGUGAGGAGCUUCCGGAGAGGGCCUUGAGGGUUCUGCUUUAGAGGUGGCUAACAUCUCUCCCUGUCCCCGGCCAAGUGGGCUGCUGGCGUAGGAUGUACUGAGCAGAACCCACUAAGGCAGUCCUGAUCCAUCUCUCCCUCCCUCCCACUGAGAGAGGGCCAAGUUGGCUCCCGUGGGCACAGAGAGUCGACUGGUCCCUGACACACGG